UUGUUCACGACCAUGUCGGAAGACGCUGUGCCCGAGAAGUACAAGUACGCGUGGACGCCAGAGUCCGCGGGGGAGCUGUCGCUGGAGGAGUUUGUGAAGAAGUAUAAACCGUCGAUGGUUGAGAACGACGGCACGAAGCCGUGGAUAUGGGUGAGGAGGAGCGAUGGAAUGCGGGACGAGGAGGGCGGGAAGGAGGCGGCGCUUGAGGAGGGCACGGCUAUCCUGGAUGCACUGACUGCGCGAGUGGAGGAGAUCAAGGACGACGCCAGCAUACCGGCACGGGCGAGCAAAAAGACGGGCGCUAAGGGAAAGAAGGAGGUCAGGGAAGAGGCACAAGCGGAGGCGACCGAGAAACUCAAGGACGUCGCGGUUAGGAAUGGGUUCGUCUCUGGGAAGUGGCUUUCGUUUGCUUCUGGGGAGAGGGUGGACCAAAUCUGGCAGUCCCUUGCAGUGUCCAUCAUUGAGGGUCCACUAUCUAAAACAAGUGCUUUUGGCGCCAAAGUUGCCACAUCUGGGGGCUCCCCGCAGCAUCUCAUUUGUGUGUACGUGCCAGACGUCUACGACAAGGCCGCCGUCACCGAGGUGAUGAAGGUGCUGUUGAAGGACCACGGCUUUGCGUUGAGCGGCGUCAAGUCGAAUCUGUACACCAUGCUGGGCAUCGACAGCAAGCAUCCCAGUGGCAUUCCGUCAACGACGUGGAAGAAUGCAGCGAUAUUGCCUGACAGUGAAGCCAAGGUUCUCCGAGAACAGUUCUUUGAAGGGUUGUCUGCCGCAAAGGAGGAGAAGGCCGUUGCGAAGAAGGUCGAGAAGGAAAAGACGGGCAACGAGGAGGGGGACACGGCGAAAGCCAAGCCAAAGCCGCAACUGAAGAAAAAGCAGCCAGAUAACGACGACCCGUUUGCGUCAGGCUCGGAGGACGAUGUUGAUGAGAAGGAUGAGGAGGUGAAGCGGAAGGAGGUGCUGAAAAAGAAAGCGGCUCCAGCGCCGCCAAAAAAGAAACAGGCCAAGUCAGAGUCGGAUGAGGAUGAAGAUGAGCCACCAAAGAAGAAGAAAGCGGCCCCAGCACCGAAAAAGAAACAGGCCAAGUCGGAGUCAGACGAAGAUGAGGACGAAGAUGAGGCACCGAGAAAGAAGAAACCUGUGUCGAAAAAGAAACCAGCUCCAGCCCCAAAAAAGAAACGAGCAAAGUCAGAGUCGGAUGAUGACGAUGAGGACGACGAGCCUCCAAAGAAGAGGAAGAGCGCCAAAAACUCACGACCGCCCGCUACGACGAUGAUGUCCGAGGAAGCGCCUGUGCAAAAUAUCCAGAGCCAGUUCAGCCGUCUGAGCCGGCAAUACCAGCAACUGCUGGACCGGUGGACGCCACAUAUGCUUAACCGCUGGCUGGUGACUGGAGGGCUGUUAUUGGUCUUUUUCCUGCGGAUUGUGCUUGCUCAAGGCUGGUACAUUGUCUGCUAUGCCCAUGCCAUCUACCUCCUGAACCUGUUACUCGCCUUCCUGCAACCAAAAUUCGACCCUUCGCUGCAAGAAGACUUGUUGGCCGACGACGCCGAGGGCGGCAGCGCUGACGCCACGUCGCCGCUGCCUAGCUCCCGUGACGACGAAUUCCGGCCCUUUGUCCGCCGACUCCCCGAGUGGCAGUUCUGGCUCUCCUCCACCCGCGCAACCGUCAUCGCGCUCUUCUGCACCUUCUCCGAGGUGUUUGACGUCCCCGUCUACUGGCCCAUCCUCGUCGUCUACUUUUUCGUCCUAUUCGCGCUCACGAUGCGCCGACAAAUCCAACACAUGAUCAAGUACAAAUAUGUUCCAUUCGACAUUGGUCGCAAGGCGCGCUAUGGGGCCAACAAGUAG